GAAACGGAUGCCGCCCUCGAGAUUGCGCUUUUUGUUCGUCAGCAGCUCCGACGAGUACAAAGGAAGCAGCCGCGGAGACCUUGUAUGCAAAGCCUGCCCUGACAAAGCGGAUCCCACCACAUCGGAGCCAAAGGGAGUGCGCCUGGACACGGACGAUGAUCCUGCCGAUAACCGCGCUGCGGCUGGCGGUCGCGGCCGCCGUGGAGAACGUAACCACUCCGUUGCCGGGAGACUUCCCCGAUGGCGACGUCAUCAUUUGGCGCCGAAGCGACGAGGGCGCCGAUAACUCGUCGUGGCUGCCACCGCCUCUUCCGCCGUCCUUUGUUCCGGACAAAGCGGACGCGGGCUUCUCACCGGACUAUAACACGCGAAUAAGGCUGCCCCAGAACUCGACCGAUGUGCUCACCGUCGCGGAUAUCGCUGAAAUCGAGAGUAUGCUCGUUAGGCUGAACGAGACAACGAAUGGUACGUCAUUGGACGACAGCGAGAAGCCUGCUGAGCGCGUUCGACGCUCGAUCGACGACGAAUACGAAGAGGAAGACGAUGACAAUUCCAUCCCGUCGUCGAAAUCUCAGGCGAGUCCAGAGAUUUUUCCACAGCGUACGUCCGCUCCUGGCUACUCGGGAGACGCUCAAAUGAGGCCAGCGCCGCAGAUGGACGACGCAUCUUCGGAUUUCUUCGGCAAGUUCCUCGACGGCCUCAAGGAUGCAGAUCAUGUGGAGGAAACUCCCGCCGCGCUAGCUGAGCCCGAGUUUGCCGCGACAUCCUCGGCGAAGGACACAGACGAUGAGCAGGUGAGAGACCGCCGCCAGGCCACGCCCACCCUUCCAGUAACGUCGGCAGACGACGAUCUCGUGCAAACUUCAGUGGCCUCUCUAGAGCCAACCACCAUUGCACCUCUGGAACAGUCAACUCCUGCCGUUCCCCAGGCAACCACUAUUACAUCUCUUGAAGUGACUACUCUCGCUGUUCCUGAAGCAACCACCAUUGCAACAUCCGAACCAACAACUUUCACUAUUCCCGAAGGAAGCAGUGAACUCCCGCAGUCAACUUCUCUGGCUACCGAGAAGGCUGCGGAGCAGCCAGGUCCGUCGACCACUCCGCCUGAAGUCGUACCAGAACAGCCGGUCGCGGAAUACCCUUCGCACCCAAUCCCACCGAACGAUUUCUACUCGCAGGGCUUCUAUCCUCCAGGCUACUUCCCGCAGGGUUUCUACCCGCAAUACCCGCAAGCUGCCUACCCCCAGUACCCCCAAGGUGCCUAUCCGCAGUACCGACAGUACCCUCAAGGCCCUUACUCCCAGUACCCGCAAGGCUUCUACCCCAACCCAAGCGGCAUCAUAGAUCCCGGUUUCGCACCCGACCCAAACCGUCAACUUCUGCAGCGGGUUCGCGAAGAACAGAGGCGGAAAGGCGUUGGACAACAACCAUGGCAACCACUCGCACAUGGUCCCUGGCAGGGCUACCCCGGUGGCUCUGGAAUCAUCGACCCGGGAUUUGCACCACAGCCAGUGGACCCGCUACUGCAAAGAGCCCUUGAGCACCAGAGGCAGCAUGGGGGUGGAGAAGCACCUGGAGCGCAGCAAGGGAACCAAAUGUCUCCAGAACCACAGCUGAACAUUGUUUAUGCAGAUGGUGGAGCUCAGGGGUAUCCUCCGAACGCGCCAUUCGGUGACCAGGGAGUAGCAGCGCCGCGUGUGGAGGAUACUCUCAUUCAGCAAACGCAAGACCAAGCAAGACAGCAGGAGCAGCAGCAAGAACAGCAGAGGCCAUUGGCUCCCCAAGUGGAAAACGAGAAUCCGCCAGAGGCCGUUACCACUCAGCAGCCUGUUGCUACCGGGAGUAACCGGGAGUAGGAAGGGGUGCAUCAGAGGCGCCCAUGUCUUCGGCAUAUUACAGUACCACAGUAAUGUUGGAGCCGUAUCCCAAAUAAAGAUUGAUCGAAAA